CGAGUUGUGUGAGUUGCAAUCAGUGUGGAUGGAAGGCCGAACCCCAAAAGAUAUUUCGCUCUGAGCCUCUGUCUCUGAUCUUUACUUUUGGUUUUGCGAUAAUUCUCUAAGAAACUUUGAAGCUGAUCGGCAUCACGAUGUCGUGGUCUUGGUCAGAAUACUUUCCCUAUCCUGAUUAUUUAAGGUUAUUUCGGAUGGUCGUAACUGAACUGCCAGAAUAUUAUCGAACUGAACCUUCUGAAGGAACACUCAAUGAGCUCCGUUUGUACAGUCACAUAACAUGGGGCGAUGUUCGUGUUGGUGUCUUAAUGGCUGUGGUGUGGACUAUCAUUAGAACUCUUCUGACAGUGCUGAUAUUCAAGCCUGUUGGAAGAUAUUUAGAGCUAACAAAGUCUAACCAGGCAAAGAUGCCUGAGAGUGCAUGGCGAUUCUUCUUCUACCUAACCUCUUGGUCCUGCGUUGCAUACACCUUGCUGUGGAAUCAUGCAGAAAUAGUAAGAGAUCCACCUAAAAGCUUUAUUGGAUGGUCAUCUGAUAUGGAGGUUGCAUGGGAUGUCAAGAUGUGUUAUCUGAUUCAGGGCAGUUACUACCUCCAUGGACUUGUUACAGUUUUGAUUCUUGAUGUAUGGAGAAGUGAUUCUAUGGUGUUAUGUAUGCAUCAUGUUCUCACUCUUGUACUCAUAACCCUUUCAUAUGCAUGCAGAUAUCACUUCCUAGGUCUAAUGGUAGUGCUGUACCAUGAUUUCAAUGAUAUCUUCUUAGAGUUUUCAAAGUGCCAGAUCUACCUGAAAGAUAGAGGAAAUAAGAAGUACAUGAUCCAUGAAUAUCUUGCCAAUGCUGGCUUUGCUGUUUUUACUGUAUCAUGGUGUAUAAUGAGGAUGUACCUUUACCCAUUGAAGGUGCUCUACAAUGUCUUACCUAGUACUGCUAAGAUAUACUACAAAGAUCAUUUGCCAUUUGGUUUAGAAUGUAAUUCUAUGAUGUGGCUUCUGAUGUGCCUGGAUAUUUAUUGGUUUGUGUACAUUGUGAUCUUCCUGUACAAGAUCUUUACCAAGGAGCUUUCAGAAUUUGAAGACAUACGUGAAGAUAAUGAAGAAAUUGAAGAGGAUAAAAAAGUGAAGGAGGAAAAAGAAAAGAAUGGGGCCAAACAUGUAUCUGGAGAUGGUGUAGCUAAUGGUGUCAUCACAGAUACUGCUGCAAUCAAUGGAAACGGUCUGAAGAAAAGGCACCCAAUUCCAAGCUCUUAACUUUUCCAUAUUUAAUACAGAGGAUUUGUCUUCAUUGAAAAUAACAUUGUAGAAUGGCAUUUUAUUCUGUGACAUCCAUUUAAGUACUGUAGCAUUGGUUAGGGGACUUACUUCAUAUGUCACCUGUGGUAUUGGUCCUAAAGUCAAUAUGAUUAAGGCCCAGUCCAGCAACAGUAAUAGGUAUGUACAUGUUAACCAUUUAGAAGCAAACCACUUCUAGAAUUUUUGAUAGAAACCUGAAACCCUUAAAAAGCUGUAGAUGCUAUCUUUCAUCUCAGCAAGAAGUUUUGGAUGUUAAUCAAAGAUACAUGACAUUGCCACACAUGAAAAGAUCAACUUUUUUUCCAGUGAUGGAUUCAUGCAAGUUUUAUCCUCGAGGCUUUAUACCACUUAGAUCUAAGCAUUAGCUUAAACUUACCGGGAGGGGAGGGUGGGGUGGGUUGUGCUUUUAAGCCUUCCCUUAACAUUUUUCGCGAUAAAUCCUCCACAUAAUUUUUUUUGCUGCAGUUCUCUGACCUUUUACUUUCAAGUCUGGCACUUUGUGAUGCCCAGGUACACAAUUCAGAAAUUACACUAUCAAUUUAAGUGCUUGUGAGGCCAGAAUUGCUCCAAUCUGUGAUUUCAUGUACAAAGUCAAUACAAAAUGUCUUUUCAGCUAAAAUACAAAUGAGUGAUUAUUUUUAGUUUCACUGACAGCAGCCAUUUAAUUUGAUACUAUCUUUGCCGAAAUAAUGUCAAAGACCAAUUUUGUCAAAAAAACAAUAAAAAUGGGGGAAAAAGAACGAAUGCAAAACAAAUAUAAAAAAGUAAUGUUAUUAAAAAUAUUUUCACCAAAAUAAGCCUUCUAGGACCUUUAGAAGAUGAAUUAGAGCAAAAGGAAUUCCAUGAAUGAAUAAGCAUAAUUAAUUCAUAGAAAGUAAAAUGUAUGAAUUUCGUGCAAUUUAUCUACGCAACCGUGUAGAUUAUGUUAUUCCCUACCUUCAUGUAAAUUUUUGUUGCAAUUGCGAUCCUCGGCCGAGAUCCUAGUGGGGGCCAAAACCCCCACCCCCUUCCGGAAUUUAAACUCGCAAAAUUGCACAGGUUUGUUAGGGUUAUGUAUAGAGAAAAUUUUGGAGAUAUCACAAUUGAUUAUAUUGAUUCAAGCACCUUUGUCCUGUUCCUUUUAUCAAUAGAGGCAUUAUGAAAGAAGGGGACAAUGAAGAGUAUUGUUACUAGUCUCCCAAAUACUUGUGAAAGUAUGAAUUUGGUUGUAUCAGAGUAAAUAAUGCAGCAGGAAAGGAUUUUCACCUGUAUAUUUUUGUCCCCCCCAAAAAAAAUCACACAUUAUAGAUAGAUUUAUUGUGUCCAUGAAAAACUGUCUAUUUUGCAACUCAAAUCCCUCAUAUGUACAUAUGUAUGGUAAUGAUGAUAAAUAAGUAUUAACAAGGAAAGUAGAAAAUGAUAGGCCUACCAGUAGACCUUGAUUUUGUAAAAGUGCACUCUUGGAAAUAAAAUGAUUUAAGUGUAAACAAACAAUGAGAAAAUAACUUAGAGUAAGAUAAUUAAGUAAUUCAGUUCAGGAUUAAGAAAUAUAAAGUAUGGUUUCAUGAUAAAGGUCUUGACACAUUGAAUAAACCAUUUUAUAUGUUAAUUGUCCCUCUUUUAAAAAAUACCAAUUCAGUUAUCAAGAUUAAAAUUAAAGUGGUUUUACCUUUAAUUGCUUUACUAGGAAGUAUUUGACUUGGUUGUAUAUAAUUUACUUUGUACUUGUAGGCCUAAAAGUUUUUCAAGAAAUAUGAUUUUUUUAAUGAUUAUAAAUAUGAAAUCAUGUAAAUGUAUUAUGUCCAUGUGGAACUUGCCUAAUAGUGUUUGUUGAUUGCCUUUCAUUUGAAUAAAUUUCUAUCUUGCAGUCCUUUCUGUUAUAUGCCUUAAAUUGCAACGUGCAUGUGUAUUAUUUUAAGAUUUACUUAUCAAAAGUUUCAUUCAGAGGAGCAAUUUCAUGAAGUAGGCACAAAGUAAUUGACCUCUUUUCUCAAAAGAAAGAAAGAAAUCAAUCAAUAAAAAGAAGGAAACCAAGAGAGGUGAAAUGAAGAAACAAAAAAAAAGUAGCUGCUAAUUAUUAUUUCUGUUGCUUUUGAAUUUUGCACAAACACACACAAAAACAUCUCAUCUUCCUCAGUGGACUGUAUACUUUUUAUGCAUAUUUAAUCAUCUAAAUAAAUUGAUAAAUUGUAUAGAAUUGUUGAUUUGUGUGUAUUUUGGUAUAGUACAUGUAGUUAUGUAUGAAACCCUAUGUUAUCAUUGUAUGUAGAUGAUAUGAAAACAGCACUAAGGGUUGAUAUAGGCAUACUUGCUUUGUAUGAUGGUAAUUCUUAGUUACCGGAUUGACAUAUUCAGUGAUAUGUAUUUGUGCAUAUUAGGAUUAUUUAAUCUUUUUUUUUUUUUGGGGGGGGGAUAAACAUGUGGUUGAAAACGUAUUGUGUGUUUGUUGUAGUAUAUGAUCAAAUAUAACAAUUUAAGGUGCAUGAUUUAUUUUUUGUGUGAAAAUGAGAUUUUUAUUUGAUAUAAUUUGCUAGUGAGAUCAGUACAUAGACUUGAAGCAAAAUACUCUUUCAUUCUGUCUGUGUUGUGACAUUGCAUGUGGAUUAAAUAUACAUGUAUAAGAAAGAGAAUUGCAUUUGCAAUAGGCAAUUAUAUUUGUUGUGUAAAUCCAUUUUAGACUUCUGGACAGUUCCUCGGUUACAGAGUGACAUUCAGAAACAAGUUUUUAGCAUUCAAACAAAGGUAUCACACAAAUUGAAAUAAUUAUUUGCAAAGAAAUGGUACCUGACAGUAGUUGCUGAAACCCUUUUUUCAAAAUACUAACUUUUUUUUAUUUUGACCCACUGAAUUUAUGAGAUUAAUAUCCAUAAACAUGGUUACCGAGUGACGUAAAAUGCACAUGCAUAUUUGAGGAGGAAACAUAUUACUCAAAACUCUGAACUUUAAAUGGCUAUCACAAUGUUGAGUUAUUGAUUGGAUUCUAUGUUUUAGCUUUAAUAUGCUGCACUACAUUAAAAAAUUAGUGUAUUUUGUUCAUUAAUUACAAUUUAAAACAUACCCGGUUACGGAGUGACAUCUGAAAUAUUCACACACAAGCAAUGUUAAGUGAACUUAUAUUUUAAAAUUUUCUUUUGAUAUGAUCUAAAAUGAUGACCUUCAGAUUAUCCAAAAGAAAAUUUUACAAAAGAAGCAAUUAUUUUCUGUUAAAUUGAAAUUAAGUAAAAAACAAUUUAUGUAGUCCCAUUUAUAGAAUUUUUGGUAUGAUUUGGAUUCUCCUAUAAGGAGAUGCAUAAGAAAAAAAAGUGGCUAAUUAUGUUCCCUUUUUGUUCCCGAUUUGAAAUAGAGCCAUUAGAAAUUUUUGGAGAAUGUCCACUUUUGCUUGGAAUUGCCCUUUUUUCUUAGUGUACACAAACAUGCAAGCCUAACAAUUCUGAAGGAUGUCAGCCCACUGAUGUUCAUUAGUUGUAAAAGUAUGUAGAUGGUGUUUUUCUCAAAUGUUAAUUAUCAAUGUUAUUGUCUUUGCAAGAUGAUAAAAGUAGUAUAGAACAUGUUGAUUAUGUAUUCAUAAUUAUUGAAUAUAUGAAUAUUAAUACUAAUAUAUCUGAUUAUGAGUUGAAACUUGAAAUGGUAAAUUGUAUUGAAGGGAACAUUAAGUGGUGAUGGAAUUUUUUUUUUUUACAAAGUUGUGUUGUAUGUCAAUAUUCCAUGGUCAUAUUCUUUUAUAUUAGUAAUGAAGAUGUUCAUAAGUUAUGAGGUAAGAUUUCAUAAGUUGGAAAUGAGAGAAAGCUUGGUUGUGUGAACUAGUCCACAGUCUCUUAUACUCUACCUGAUUUUCUUCCACUGAAAAUCAUUUUGUGGCAAUGGUUGUCACAAUGGGCAAUAUUUGUUUUCUGACAUGAGAGAUACUUUUAUUCCAAUUUUUUUUGUGUGUGCAUCAUUAAUUCUAGAAUGAAAAUAAGAGGGAUUAGGGGGACUUUAUUAUCAUUUCAGUUCAAUUCAAAAUGACUUUAUUUCCAAAGCUUUAGAACAUGCAUAAUGUAUAUAUACAAGAUAAAAAUCCAUAAUUUUUAUAAUUCAUUAAUGAGGAAAAAAAGAAACAAACAGAAAGCACAGUUUGUAAAUAAUGCUGUUUCCUUACACUUAAAGGGCAUAUGAAUCAGCAGAUUUAAUAGCUACAUCUAAAUUCCUUUACGACCCCUGUAUUACUAGUAGUUAUCUAAGAAAUGAAGACAUAUCUUUUACGACUAGCCCCCCCCCCCCCCAGUUUAACUCCCACAUUAGGCCCUGGUUAUAUUGGUAGGUCAAAUUAGUUUCUUGUCUAUAUUUCUUAAUGUUCUUUAUUUGACUUGAAUUUUUUUUAUUGUGUUCUUGUUUACAACCUAAAUUUGUUGGCAAUGCCUUAUGGAUUAUAGACUUAUUAAAUAUUGCAUAAUUUUGGAAGUUCUUACCUGGGUAUAGCAGAUUUUGAGUGAAAAGAUUUUGAAUCAUCACCUAAUUAUCAAGGAUUCUGGAGGCUUCAGAGCCCCCCCCCCCCACCGCCAUGUCAAUGUUUAUACAGAUAAUUAUAUUUCUAUGCAUAUACUUCAUUGAUUUGACUAUUGAUGUAGAAUUAUACAUUCUAUAUUAGCUAAUUUUUUUUCAUAUGUAUAUUCUUCACUAUAGUCUAUGCACAAUAUUAA